GUGAACUGGAAUCAACAACAAAUCUGCAGAUCAGUGGCUUCUCUUAGGUAUGUUAAAGACCUCUUGGUCGCUAAUGGAAGAGAGUGGAAUAUGGACCUAAUUCACACUGUGUUCCCAGAAGUAGUAGUUCAGCAGAUUGUCCAAAUUAGGCCCGGGGGUCUUAAUACAGCAGAUAGUUUUGCUUGGGAUUACUCAAAUGAUGGGCAGUAUUCAGUGAAGUCUGGAUAUUGGGUACUCAUGGAAGUUAUUAGGCGCAAGAAUAGGCCACAAGAAGUGCUCCAACCAAGUUUAAAUCCAAUCUUCCAACAAGUUUGGAAAACAGAUGCGUCUCCAAAGCUACAACACUUCCUUUGGAAAUGUGUAAGUAAUUGUCUCUCAGUGGCGGGCAACCUAUCUUAUAGGCACUUAGCACGGGAGGGUUCAUGCAUUCGAUGCCCAUCACAAGUAGAGACGGUUAACCAUCUGCUGUUUAAAUGUGCCUUUGCUCGAUUAGUAUGGGCCAUAUCUCCCAUACCAGCCCCUCCAGGUAGUGAAUGGUCUGACUCUCUCUACCAAAAUAUCUACUACCUGCAGAAUAUAAACCAGGAGCAUCCCCAGAUGAAUCCCGAGGGUUGUUUAGCUCCAUGGAUCUUAUGGAGGCUGUGGAAGAGCAGAAAUGAUUACAUUUUUAAAGGGAGAGAAAUUUCAGUGCAAGAGGUAAUACGAAGAGCAAAGGAGGAUGAAGAGGAAUGGAGAAUGAGAAAGGAACAAAGCAGCCAGCCACCUCAGGUGGUCAUAACUAAGCAGCACAGAGCUAAGUGGAAAUCGCCACAACCAGGCUGGGUGAAGUGUAAUACAGAUGGUGCCUGGAAGGCCGAAAGCAUAAAUUGUGGCAUUGGUUGGAUUUUACGGGAUCAUGAGAAGAAAGUGCUGUGGCUGGGAGCAAGAUCCUUACCUCGGGUUGGAAAAGUGCUGGAAGUUGAGGUUGAGAGUCUUAGAUGGGCUGUCCUUUCCAUGGCUCGUUUUAACUACCGCAAGGUGAUCUUUGAGACUGAUUCUCAACAGCUUGUGUCUUUGAUCAGGGGAGAACAAGAAAACAAUCACCUAAAUCCAAUGAUCCAAGACAUUAAGCAUCUCCUACAGCAAUUCGAGGAAUACAGAGUGGAGUUCACGUUUCGAGAAGGCAAUGGUGUGGCGGAUAGAAUAGCAAAGGAGUCUCUUUCUUUUGAGAAUCAUGAUCCUAAGUUGUAUUCUAUAAUGCCAAUGUGGAUUAAACCCUUUGUGGACAUAGACAAUAUGUAACUGAUUAUGGGAUAAUAUAAAGUUGAAGUUGAG